AGGGGAGACGCUUUCCACCGCCAGCGCCGGAGCAGAGCAGGGGAGCCCUGGCAACAAGGAGAGACACAAACUCAGCAGCCCGUUACACCCUACAGGAAUGGUGACAGAGCCUGCAGACAGACAGACGUGGACAGACAGGCAUCCGGAGUGCUGCCCUCCCAUUGGUGGAGAGAUCCAGACUUCACAGCAGGAAGUGCAGCUCCAGUCGGUUGGCAGCUCUCCACUGAGCAGCAGGCCCCACCUCCUCCACCCAGGAAGCUCUGCCCCCCCGCUCAGGGAGUGCUGAGUCCCUGAGUCAACACACUGCAUUCUGGGAAAGUCUGGAACCCUCUCCAUGGGCUUUACCACCUGCUGACAAACCAGGGGGGUCUGGAGGAGUUGAAUGAGGAUUGUGCUGGGUGUGGGCAGGCUUGCUUUUGCAAGGAAAUGAUUCCGCAUGAAGUGCGACGCACUCGGCCCCCCGUCGUCCUCGGCGGCAGCAGCAGGUGUGACGUCGUGACUCUCUCCCCUCCAGCUCUGAGCUCACCCUCCAGCCGCUAAACACCUCUGGACCAAACAGACCGCCCUACCCCCCCUCUCCCCCCAUCCUCCAACCCCCCUCUCCAUAUCUUCAUCUCCAUCUUAAUCCCUCCUCACCUGCUUGUUAGGGUCUGGAUUUUCCUUCUUAUCACCCUGAUAAAGAUCGGGCUUCGGUGAACAAGAUAGAAAGAGAGUAGAAAUUUGGAAUUCAUAGCUUAUUACGGCGAGACAAGUGAUAGAUCAUCAAAAGUGAGAAAAAGGAAGGAAAGUGAAAUAAAAAGUCAGAAAUAGAAAAGAAAAGCAAUAGAAGGCCAAAAGCUAAGGAACGAUAAGCAAGUGCAGUUUAGGGACGUGAGGUGUAGUCAGCAUGAAGUCCAAUCAGGAACGCAGUAAUGAAUGUCUGCCCCCAAAGAAGAGGGAGAUCGUCUCAAGCACAUUACCCUCUGAACUCCGCUCCCCCACCAUCCCCCCCGCCAGUGACAGCCAGCGCACAGAGAACAUGGCCUGGCUGGCCAGCGUGGCUGCUGGGAAUGAGAGUGGAGUGGGCGGUCACCGUAGCUCCAGUCAGUCGGACAGCCUCCAGUAUAAAUCCCUCUUCUCCAACUCGGACUCUUCAUCCUCCUCACUGAGUCUCGUCUCAUCUCUUCCUACAGUGUAUACGUCCGCCCUGUCACAGUCCACUGUUGGAGGAACUGUCCACUACGCCCAACUGCCUCCCAACCUGCAGUUCAUAGCCUCACCCUACAGUGCCCCAUACGCAAGCUACAUCUCCCCUCAAUUGCUUCCGCCUCCUCCUCCACCUCCCCCCCUCACCUCCUCUUCGUCCUCCUCUUUGUCCGCGCAGAGACACUCGUACACAGAGACAGUGUCUGCUCCUUCGCACGCCUCCAAACACGACCAGCAGAGAGCGUCCUCGGCACGCGCCUCCAUGCCUCCGCCUUCGACAGACCUCUACCCUCACCAAGUUCAGAUGUCAACGUCAACACGGACUGUGCCGUCACCUCAUUACCAAGGAGGCGUCCACCUUCCUCUCCAGUCACUGCACCCCCACCAUUCUUUGGGACAUGGGAUGUCCCAGCUUGUGGUGCAGUAUUCGGACGGACCCACAAGGAAAGAUGAAGGUGGCUCCAGACACAGAGAGCACCACAAUGGAGAGCUGGAAAGGGGUCGGCGGUUUGGAAUGUCCCCCGAAUCCAACCUCUCUAAGCCAGGGAGCAAAUCCCGGGACGCCACAUUGUCUUUGUCCUCCUACGAGGCCCGCCAGCUGAUUCUGCACUCAGACUACGCCACUCACGAUCACUCAGGGCUGAGAACCUCGUUCAUGCUGAUGCCCAACAGCCAUGGGGACCACCAGCUGGUACAACACAGAACCGGCAACGAGAAGCUGACAACCUGUGCCCCGGCACACCUGGAGAAAGGUGGCAUCAUCCUGGGCAAGCCUGUCCAUCGCACAACCUCCUCCUCCAACACCUCCUCCUCUUUCACGUUUGCAUCCCCAUUAAGUGUGGACAGCCUGAAAGCUGCUGUCAGCACACUGUCGCCUCAGACCGUCAUCCAGACCACCCACAGCGCCACAGAGUCACUGUCAAUGGGUCUCCCCUCCUCCAGUAUCUACCCUCAGCCACCUAUAAUUGGGUACAUAGCAGGGGGCGCUGGGAGCCAUACGCCGGUCAGCUAUCACACCAGCCUACAACAACACUUACUCAUUCCUGGCACCCAACCAGUCAUUAUCCCUGUAAGUGGAAGUGGAGUGGCCACAUUGGAACCUGUAGCCUCCCAAGUAACAUCAUCUAGCCAAGCCGCCUCGUUUCCUACCAGACUCCCACACACAUACAUUGCGGCCCCCAAAGGAGAAACUCUAGAGCACCACGGCGGCUCGUAUCACCAGAGCGUUUCAGGUGCAGUGGUCCAAGCCCAGCUUCAUCUCCCCAUUUUUCCCGCUCCGCCAGGGGUGGUCGCGACUUCUGUUCCUCCUUCCUCAUCUAGUACGGGGGCGCCCCCAUCACUCCCCCCUUAUUUCAUCAAGGGCUCCAUCAUCCAGCUGGCCGACGGGGAGCUGAAACGUGUGGAGGACCUGAAGACGGAGGACUUUAUCCAGAGCGCUGAGAUCAGCAGCGACCUGAAGAUCGACUCGUCCACAGUGGAGCGCAUCGAAGGGAGCCCCGCCUCACACAACUUUGCUGUGGUGCAGUUCUCCGUUGGGGAGCACCGUUCACAGGUGAGCGUGGAGGUCCUGGUGGAGUACCCCUUCUUCGUGUUCGGCCAAGGCUGGUCUUCAUGCUGCCCAGACCGGACCACGCAGCUUCUGGAGCUGCCUUGCACCAAGCUCUCUGUGGGCGAUGUUUGUAUUUCCCUCACCCUGAAGAACCUGAGGAACGGAUCCCUGAAGAAGACCCAGCCCCUGGAACUGGUUACCCCUUCCUCUGGUUACCUCAAACCCCCCAGAGCUGUCUCAGAGCGGGAGAACGGCAUCAGCCAGCGAGGGAGCGCUGCCAGUGGGAAUGGAGGCACCAACGUGGGAAACGGGGAUCUCAUGUUUGGGGAAAGAGGGGCACUUUCUAAAGGUCAGGUUUCCAGCAGCGCACAAGCUGGCGCCAGCAAGCCAUCAGGAAGCAGGAAGAGGAGAUGGUCUGCUCCUGAAGGUCGGAAAGUAGAAAAAUCAGAGGAGGAGCCACCUUUGACCCUGCCCAAACCUUCCUUCAUCCCCCACGAGGUGAAGGUCAGCAUCGAGGGAAGGUCAAAUAUUGGCAAGUGAAGCGCAGGACUGUAUAUUCAUCCAUUGGGAUUAGGAAACAUAAAUGGACUCUACAAGAAAAAAUGAAUGCCCACAUUAAUGUUUCAUUCGUCUUGAUUUUAAAGUUUUGUUUUCCGAUUUUAUUUUUCUAUCUUGAAUACUGUGCUGUAGAGGUAAAUGUACCCUACAUGGUAUCACCUUAAGUCCAUGUAGUCAAUAACACAUGUUUUAAUAGUUGGAUUUGAUAUCACUUGCGCAAUCGCUGCCGUUUCUGAUGGUUUUCAUGAGAUGACCUACUGUAUGGUGAGGGAUUUGUGAGGUGUGCUAGAUGUUUAUUGGUUGCUGUGUGGCACAUGAAGCAAUGCUUGAUAUCUCUUUUUGGCUGGCUACACAUUAUGGACAUUUCAAAUUGAAUUAGCUCACAGUUUAGACUCUUUACAGUGAUUUCACUUCCUGUGCCUGGACAAAAAUACCUAAAUGUGAUCCUGAAAAAAAGAUCCUGAGUUUAAAGGAUUUGUUAAAACCAUAACUAUAUUUUUUUCCAAAUCAGAGCCGGACCUAUGCAGUGAUGUCAUCAGGUGUUGCGAGUGUGCCACACAAAAGAGAGGGAACAACACUCACUCUGUUCAGUGCGAUGACGGUGGAGUAUUUCAUCUUGAGCGUUUUCUUCUUGUUUCUCAUAAUCCCCUCAUAUUCUAACUCACAUGAUCCAAUGAUUGUCAAAAAAACAUAACCAGGGGUCAUCAAGUCCUAGAUUUUGAACCUAGGUGGGUCAAUGUUAAUGUAUCAAUGUGAGAUACCCUAACCUAAAGCAUAGCAGUGCGAACACACUGGGUCACUUCAAGAAAAUGUCGAGAGGAAGACAAUCCUCAUGGUUUUUGAUGAAUUACUUUAUACUUUUUUAUGGAGAAGAGGCUGUGUGAGAGGACAGAGAGAAUCAGCUCUGAGAGGGUCAGGAUGUUUCAAAGCACUUAACACACCUGUCACACUCACCAUACAGCCGACACAUUGGUGUUGUCUCUUUAUUAACGCAGUACUGUAUGUUUUUAGAUUUUUCUUUUUGUAUUAAGACAAGGGUAGAAAGUAGCAACAGCACUUUGGAAAGUUUAAGCUUUUGGGGAAGUGAAGGUGGGAGCGGAUGUGCCAUGGGAUCACUAAUAGGAGAUGAUUGUAUUGGAGAAUGUUUCCAGUUAGUAGACAGUUAGAGAAAAAAUAAUGUUGACAAAAGGAAUUUAGAAGUAUGAUGGUUCUCAGCAUGUGCACUUGUACAGCCAGCCAGCCAUAUAAAGGUUAGGGGAAAGUAUUGGAAUGUGUUUUUGAAAGUUCAGGAUCUGGCAUGAGGAUUAACAAAGAACAGGCUUUUGAAAUAUCCCAAUGAUGUUCUGUACUCGACUGAGAGCAUCGAUUAGAAGCUCACGCCACAGAAAUUUGAGGGUGUCAUAUAUUUGUAAUGUGUGUGCGCAUGAGAUUGGGUCUGUGUAUGUCCGUACAAACGCUUACACAAACUCAAAACAGUACACACCAUCCCUGAAUGACCUGUAAUAUGUACUGUAUCGAGACGAAUGCGGACGCUUUGAGGUCCCUACUGCAAAGACUAGUUGAAUGGAUUAAUGCACAGUACAGUAGAGUGGUGUGUUUGUGUACCUGUGUCAGUUUGUGUAUGAGUAUGUAUACUGUGUAUAGCAUAAAGGUUAUACUCACUUGAUAUAUAGACAAUGUUAAAUGUCCAGUGUUUCUACUUGGAGUCGUACUUAAUAGAAUCUUGCAAUUUGCACAUCAGGAGGAGGGAGAAGGGUGGAGACGUGAUGUUGAACCGCCCGGUCCUGAAACGAGCCCUAGACCACGUGACACACUGGAGGAGACCAGGGUCUUUGUUCCUCAACAGGCACUUGUCACAUUAUAGAGGAAAAUAAAUGCAGUUAAGGUCAAAUUACAUUUUUAGUUUUUAGGAACAUAGGAGCUGUAAAACUGAAUUUUAACACGUGCCUGCCUACUGAAUUUAAGAUAUGCCAUUUAUCCAAAGGAACAUUUUGACUUUUUGUCCACUUUUCUGCUGUUGAAACCAGGGUGCAGGGACUAGGGUUCAGUUUUGAACACGGCCUGUGCUUCCAGUCAGCUGAAACCCUAUGUGCGGCAAAAGAUGCAGAAAUUACCUCAACAGAUACGCCUGCUUGGUUGUCCCAGAAUGUAACUGUUUUAUUCAACUAAAUUGGCAAUUCUUUUUAAAUUCAUCAGUGGAGUCUGGGAUUUAAAGAUAUGGGUUCUUGUAGGCAUAUCUGUUGAGCGUUCUCAUCAAGCUUCGGCAUUCAGGUAUUGGUAUAGAGAAAGUCGUUGGUUGCCUCUAAGAAGCAGAUCAGUCAAAUUUGAAUCCCACUGAUAAUGUAGGUGUUGGUGUGUUGGGCAACGCUUCAGGUGGUGGGAGUUUACCGGGGUGAUGGUGGGAUGGAUGUGUGCUCAGAUGGAUGAAGAAUGUUUUAGAUGUUGAUGGGGAGUGAAUGAGUAGACCCCUUAUGGGAUUUGAAAAUGCUUUAUUUUUUUAUAAUAAAACAGGGUUUCACAGAUCAACCCCACCACAGUACAUUUUCAUUUCUUCCUUUUCCAAUUGAAUCAUAAUGAUCAUUACGAGUACAAAUAGAAAUAUGUGUGUGUGUAUGUUUUGCAAUCUGUGAGUGGCUGUGUUUUGUAAAUGUCAUACACACAACCCCUUCCCAAUAAUUGUAAAAAGCAGAACCACAACAUGUUAUCAAACCUUUCAUCUGCUUAGAGCAUUUUUAUUUUUAGCCAAAGCCAAUUGAUGCUGAAGUUUGGUUACUUUAAAAAGCAAUAUUAUGACUAAUAUUCAGGCAAUCUCCUUGUGUAUGAGUUGAACACACACACACAAACACAAACAGAGUCAUUCCGCUCAAAUUCUCGGCAAUAAACAUGUAAUAAAAACCAUCUAACAUCGAACCAAAACUCCUCUUUUCCUCCUUAUAGACAGAAAAUACAAUCUUGCCAUAUAUUAUUAAAUGCUUUUAGAAGCCUGAACCUGAACAAAGUGUUCUUCAGUUAGCACUAUUCCCCUUAUCAUAGAGUACAUUUUAACCUUAAGGAAUUGCAGUUGCAACACCAGUUGCUAGUUUUUCAGGGAAGUGUCUCGUAUAUGCAGUAACUGACCCCCAAAACCUCACACGUCCCAGCUGGUCAGAGUCAUAAACUCGAGCUGCAGGAGAGCAAAAGUCACAUGCACCUGAAGCAACCAGCAGAAACCUCGUUGCCACGACUCCCGUAGUGACCUCGUUAACAUUGUUUCAGGUACCCAAUCAUAGCCAGCCAGCCUCACACCUCCUCCUGAGGCCAAGCAAUGGAAUAUUAACCCUCAACAACCGCUAGCUACCUUUCAGUGUGGCCUGGGCUGCCUGUCCCCCUCCUAACAUCAUCUUUUGAUAUUCGGUCUCCUUUUCACCUCUUGUUUAAAAAAAAAAGGUCAUUGUGUUUAUACUUCAAACGAAUUAACUAUGAAACAAAGCAAUCUGGAAUGUAGACACAUUCUGAAUGCAGGACAGUGAACGGCACAUCACAGCAAGGUUUCCUAAUUUUUCUAGUGUAGUAUUUUUUCUUUUAAGAUAAUCCCAAGUUUGUAUCCCCUUGAAAUGUCCCACGAUGUGCAAUACUUACAUGUAUCCCUCCCUCCCUUCUUUGCUGUGCCAAGUGUAUGUAGCAUAGUUCUACUCCAGUGUAUCAUCCUUGUUAAUGGCUUGUGUAUUUUACUGUCUGUCGAUGUGUGCGUCACAUCUGUAAAAACAAGAGUCAGGAUGUUUGUGAAGCGAAACAAACCCAACGGAGAGUUUGUCCGUACCUCCCUUUCCCUUUUGUCCUUGCGGCCUUUCUAAAUUUGAGUGUGUGAGAGACUGUCGUACCUCCUUUGUGCGUGUGUGUGUGUGUCCGCACCAUGUGUGUAGUAUGUGUGUGUGUGUGUGUGUGUGUGUGUGUGUGUGUGUGUGUGUGUGUGUGUGUGUGUGUGAGCCACGGAGUGUUUUCUCCUGUAAUUGUCUGUGAGAUCAUAAACCCUGACCCUCGGCGGUUCACGGUGAAUCCCGCAGAAAAAAAAAAAAACCUCAUUGCUUAGUGGGGACCACUUUUUGUACAAAAAAUUAAAGAAAAAGGAAAAAAAACAACCAACCAACAGAGAUGCACAUGUAAGUAGAUGUUAAAGACUUGAUAAUGUUUCAGCACUUUCUAAUCCUAGGAUGGGCUUGGUCUAACCCCUCUGUCUCAGACCGAAACCUUGCCUAGGGAUAACAUUCAUUCAAAGCAGACAGAGAGAAUGAGAAAGAUAACAAAAGGGGUGAAUAAUUAUGAAAAAGAGAGAUGGUUCAGUUUAAGUUUUUGCACAUCACCUCUCCGUAUCCUAGUAUUUGUCUGUCUGUGCUCCAUCUCGCUUGGCGCCCGGCGCGUUCUUGGGUCCAACGGGCCGAGGUGUUAGGUGGUUCCUUGGUUAUUUUCUACUAGGAAAACCUUUUCUCAUGGAAUGCAUCCCUUCUUUAGUUGUGUUCGGGUUUGUUUGAAAUCUUUUCCACCCUACACCAACCCGAGCUGUGAUGUUUAAUUUGGUUUAGUUCACAUUUUUUAGAUCAAAUUUGGCCUACGUGUUUGGCACAGCUUUGGUUGGUCGUGCGGUGUGAAAACGGUGCGUACAAACCUCAGCAUUGUUUUGAUCAUUAUCUUUGGUGCAGGAGCUUUUUCUGUGUUUUAGUCUCCUUGUAGCACUAGAUAUAAUGUCAGGGGACUUAAAACUAUGUAGAGAAUGUGUCAUUGUUGAGUUUUUAUGACAAGCUUCCUCACUGGAGGAACACUGCUCAUGUCUUCUUUUUUUUUUAAUUGGCUUCUUGCACAAUUUUACAAAUAAAAUGAAUGUUGGUGUGUGAGCUUUGACUUUUCAGAUCAGAAAAAAGGCAUGUGUGCUCUUGUUUCUUGAUGUUUGUACUUUCAUUUUGCAAAAAGGAUGUGUUUUUGGCACUUCGUUGUGUUUUAAAAGUGAACAGAAUUCGAUCAGGAUUCCUUUUUUUUUCUCUUUUUUUUUUGUAUGACGUCUCGUCAAUGUCCAUAGCGCUGGAUAAACAACUCAGGCAGAAAGAAAAAAAAAACUUGUAGAGGCCCACUUAAAAGUUUAGUUUCACCCCAAUCAAUUUACAUAGUGGGCUGUUUCAUAUGGGUUAUAAGAUAUGUAAAUGUAUUACAUAUAAUUUGAUAUGAUUAACAAAUGUUGUUAAUGACAAUUAACUAUGAAUUAUUAUUAUGAUAUGUGUAUUAUGCUGGAGAUGGCUUGGAUUACUCUUCAGUGUACUGAGCGUCUUUGUUCAGCCUCUCCGUACAACAAACACUUCAGCAGGGGACAGGUUGUACGGCUGGUGACCUCUGACCCUGCCCACUUCCACGGAGGGGGGUGGAGCUUGUCUGUCAGCUGUGGCCCCGUUGAUUCCCCCCCGCCCCUGUUCUGAACACUCAGCCCUGAGGCUAGCAAACUGUCUGUCUAGAUGUUUCUCUGCUUACCGGAGACACCAAGAACUGAACUGAAACUUGUUGGCCUAUAAGACGGUAGCAGAGAAGCGGACAUCAGCACAGACCUGCUCGGACAGUCUGGCCUGCAGGGGAGGGGGCGCAGCAGUCCCAGCCAACUUGUUUGUACUAUAUUGUACUCACUAAGUCCCUGUGUCUCACCACCCCUUUCCUCUAUAGCAAUGGAGAAACCCUGUUGGUGUAUGUAUUUGACAUCUGUACAAAUGCACCUCUUUGAAAAAGAAAAAGAAACCUUGACAUAUCUGGAA